AUGUGCAAAUUCUGGAUCAACGAUGAAUACGCCCAACGACACACUUUGGAGAUCAACACGACAAGGAAUCGGUUCCGUGGUGAGACCCCUUUCGACAUGGUACAUGGCUGGGACGCUAGAACUACUCUCGAAGCGGUGACCUCGGUAGGAAGUACCUGCAGAUACCUUCGGGAUCCGAGAAGGUGGCGAUAUCAGACACAGAAGUAUUAUCAACAGCCCCGGAAACAAUUCAACCAACACCCUCGUAUAGCUAUUGCAGAUUCAGCCGACACACAUAUCGUUCUGAUGCGCCCAUUCACAGCAGAAACUGAAGCGAGAGGUUGA